AGGAAGCGUUGCAGCAGAGUCAGCCGCCGCCGCCUCCGCCGCCUGUCACAGCGUUUGAUCUAUCCUCUAAGUUCCCACUGCGUCUGUCUUGUAUAAACCAAACUCCACACAUCUCUGUUGGUGUUGACAUUAAGGAGUCAAGGACAAAGCGAGCUCAGCUCGGACAGAAGAAGAUGAUUCGGACCCUUUUCCUGCUGUGUUUCCCCCUUUUCCCCUUUGUUUCACCAGCUCAGGUGGCGCCUCCCACCAACGUCACCCUUACCUGCCGCAACCAGAAGAACAUACUGAAGUGGGACUAUGACCAGCCCCCUGACCAGGGACUGAGAUUCAGGGUCAAUAUUACAUCCGACAACCCCCUCAAAGGUUGCAAAGAUGAACUGUGGGUAGACUACCCUGAUCUUCAAGCGGAUGUUUCGUUUCUCUCAGAUCCAGAUAAUACAUAUAUGCUUCAAGUGAAAGCUGUGUUGGGACAGAAUGAGUCUGAUGUUUCCCCACAGGAGGGACUCAUAUUCAGCUAUUUCUAUGGUUCUCUGCUUGCCCAAAAUAAAUGCCUUCUGGACCUUCCGCCCGUUAAUAUCACCUACCUAUCGAAUACCAAGAUCCACCUCCAGUUCAGACACCCUUGGUUGUUGUACGGGGAAGGGGUGUCCAGAUGUAAUAACGAAAAUGAAAAGAAGAAAAAGAAAAAGAAAAGCCACUCCAAACGGACUGCAUAUAUACAUGUCCCGGUUUUUUCAUAUAAUGUCCAGAUGGUCGGCCAGCAGAAUAAACAACACAACUUUGACUGCGAGGAGGAGAUGUGUGAGGAAAAUCUGUCGGUGGAUGCUGCACAGGACGAACAUUGUCUGACAAUCGAGGGAAAGCUUCGUAAAAUGUCUGUGGUGUCCACAGAGGACUACUGCAUCACAAAACAACCACCUUCUAACAAUCAAACCGGCGUCUAUGUCGGGACCUUUGUUGGUAUCUUGGUGGUGUUGGCAGCUGCUUUAAUCGCCUUCAUGGUUUACCGGAAGAAGACGUCGCCAUCUAGUGAUAUACUCCCUCUAUUCUUUGGGAUUCAAAAGCGGCAGCCACCUUUCUUCCAGCCUCUUAAUGACCAGGUCAGUCCUACGGAGGCUUUCCCCGUCGUUUCGCCGAAGAGCACUGAAGAGCGCGAAGAGGAAAGCGUCAGUCCGUCACAAGAUGCAUCUAAAGAGGAUGAUGAACACUUGAAGUUGUCAACUGACAACGAAGAGCUGGAGGGAGGCCAGGCGACCGGUGAGCAGGACCCAUACAUGUGUGACAAGUUCAACGAAGGUGACGACCCAGAAUCCGACCAGGAGAACGUCUCUCCCUAUGAGAGCCAUCCCGUAGUGCUGGAGUUGGCCCCUGAGGACCGUGCAGAGGGAUACCGAGGCUAAAGAAAAUAAAACAAAACACUCAUUGUUUGAUCAAGAGGAAAAUACUCAUUUCAGUCAGAAAAAGGGAACGAGUCCAUCAGUUGCAAUUGCAUUUCAUCCCUUUGCCUCAGUAAUGUCUGGCUGAUUGCUAAAAGUGUUGAAAAUACUUUAGACUGUUAAAACUAACUAGACAUAUAAAGCCCUAAUCACAGCUUUUUCCGGGCUGAGGAUACUAGCAUUAAAAUGCAUAAUGAGCUCCGCUUUUGCACUUUUUUAUACAUUCCAAUAGCUGUAGUUGCUCAUUAGAAUAAUGUAGAGUUAGACUCAGAACACCUUUAGCUUUAAUUAUAGUGGCACCGCGAAUCUCCUUUAAUGUAGACUAAUAAAACUUACCACUUUAUCUUUAAUUUCAUGAAAUGUGGCCCUGCUGUAAAGGGUAUCAAGUCCUUUUCAUGCAUUUUAACUGUGCACCUUAUUUAGGAUAGUUGUGGCGGAUGUAUGUGUUUGUUGUCUGUAGAGGUUAGAGGUCAAUCAGUGCCAUAAGUCUCACUCAGUUUGGCUUUACUUAGGUAGACAAUUUAUUUAAUGCAUUUUCCUAUAUUAACCAUUCAACUGUAUUCUCUCAUUAAUGCACCUUCCUAUCAGACGUCGUUUCUAACAGUAAUCGGUUCUGCUUGAGAGGAAAGACAAAGGCAGUCCAAUGACAGGUGCUGGAAAUAUAUUGAAAUGAUGACUUGAC